UGUACAGAUAGCAUCUUACUAUGUUGCCUAAGCUGGUCUUCAACUCUGGGGCAGUCGUCCUACCUCCACCUCGCAAAGUGCUGGGAUUACAGGUUAAAUGGAAACCACCCUUGAGAACUGGAUGCCUGUGUAACUGUUCUACCAUAGUCAGUGUAUUGCAAUGAGCGGGGGAGGAGAGCAGCCGGAUAUCCUGAGUGUUGGAAUUCUAGUGAAAGAAAGAUGGAAAGUGUUGAGAAAGAUUGGGGGUGGGGGCUUUGGAGAAAUUUACGAUGCCUUGGACAUGCUCACCAGGGAGAAUGUUGCACUGAAGGUGGAAUCAGCUCAACAACCAAAACAAGUUCUGAAAAUGGAGGUUGCUGUUUUGAAAAAGCUGCAAGGAAAAGACCAUGUUUGUAGAUUUAUUGGCUGUGGGAGGAAUGAUCGAUUCAACUAUGUGGUCAUGCAGUUGCAGGGUCGGAAUCUGGCAGAUCUUCGCCGUAGCCAGUCCCGAGGCACAUUCACCAUUAGUACUACUCUCCGGCUGGGUAGACAGAUUUUGGAGUCUAUUGAAAGCAUUCAUUCUGUGGGGUUCUUGCAUCGAGACAUCAAACCGUCGAACUUCGCUAUGGGCCGCUUUCCUAGUACAUGUAGGAAAUGUUACAUGCUUGAUUUUGGCUUGGCUCGACAGUUUACCAAUUCCUGUGGUGACGUCAGACCACCUCGAGCUGUGGCAGGCUUUCGAGGGACAGUUCGUUAUGCAUCAAUCAAUGCACAUCGGAACAGGGAAAUGGGAAGACAUGAUGACCUUUGGUCCUUAUUCUACAUGUUAGUGGAGUUUGUGGUUGGUCAGCUGCCAUGGAGAAAAAUAAAGGACAAGGAGCAAGUAGGCUCUAUUAAGGAGAGAUAUGACCACAGGCUCAUGCUGAAACAUCUCCCUCCAGAAUUCAGCAUCUUUCUAGACCAUAUCUCUUCUUUGGAUUAUUUUACAAAACCAGACUACCAGCUUCUUACAUCCGUGUUUGACAAUAGCAUCAAGACUUUUGGAGUAAUUGAGAGUGACCCAUUUGACUGGGAGAAGACUGGAAAUGAUGGCUCCCUAACAACCACCACUACUUCUACCACCCCUCAGUUGCACACUCGCUUGACCCCUGCUGCAAUCGGAAUUGCCAAUGCCACUCCCAUCCCAGGAGACUUGCUUCGGGAAAAUACAGAUGAGGUAUUUCCAGAUGAACAGCUUAGCGAUGGAGAAAAUGGCAUCCCUGUUGGUGUGUCACCAGAUAAAUUGCCUGGAUCUCUGGGUCACCCCCGUCCCCAGGAGAAGGAUGUUUGGGAAGAGAUGGAUGCCAACAAAAACAAGAUAAAGCUUGGAAUUUGUAAGGCUGCUACUGAAGAGGAGAACAGCCAUGGCCAGGCAAAUGGUCUUCUCAAUGCUCCAAGCCUUGGGUCACCAAUUCGCGUCCGCUCAGAGAUUACUCAGCCAGACCGAGAUAUUCCCUUGGUGCGAAAGUUACGUUCCAUCCACAGCUUUGAGCUGGAAAAACGUCUGACCCUGGAGCCAAAGCCAGACACUGACAAGUUCCUUGAGACCUGCCUGGAGAAAAUGCAGAAAGAUACCAGUGCAGGAAAAGAAUCUAUUCUCCCUGCUCUGCUGCAUAAGCCUUGUGUUCCUGCUGUGUCCCGUACUGACCAUAUCUGGCACUAUGAUGAAGAAUAUCUUCCAGAUGUCUCCAAGCCUGCUUCUGCCAACACCCCUGAGCAGGCAGAUGGUGGUGGCAGCAAUGGAUUUAUAGCCGUUAACCUGAGCUCUUGCAAGCAAGAGAUUGAUUCCAAAGAAUGGGUGAUUGUGGACAAGGAGCAGGACCUUCAGGAUUUUAGGACAAAUGAGGCUGUAGGACAUAAAACAACUGGAAGUCCUUCUGAUGAGGAGCCUGAAGUACUUCAAGUCCUGGAGGCAUCACCUCAAGAUGAAAAGCUCCAGUUAGGUCCUUGGGCAGAAAAUGAUCAUUUAAAGAAGGAAACCUCAGGUGUGGUCUUAGCACUUUCUGCAGAGGGUCCUCCUACUGCUGCUUCGGAACAGUAUACAGAUAGGCUGGAACUCCAGCCUGGAGCUGCUAGUCAGUUUAUUGCAGCGACGCCCACAAGUCUAAUGGAGGCACAGGCAGAAGGACCCCUUACAGCGAUUACAAUUCCUAGACCUUCUGUGGCAUCUACACAGUCAACUUCAGGAAGCUUUCAUUAUGGUCAGCAGCCAGAGAAGAAAGAUCUUCAGCCCAUGGAGCCCACUGUGGAACUUUACUCUCCAAGGGAAAACUUCUCUGGCUUGGCUGUGACAGAGGGUGAACCUCCUAGUGGAGGAAGCAGAACAGAUUUGGGGCUUCAGAUAGAUCACAUUGGUCAUGACGUGUUACCCAACAUUAGAGAAAGUAACAAAUCUCAAGACCUGGGACCAAAAGAACUUCCUGAUCAUAACAGACUAGUUGUGAGAGAAUUUGAAAAUCUCCCUGGGGAAACUGAAGAGAAAAGCAUCCUUUUAGAGUCAGAUAAUGAAGAUGAGAAAUUAAGUAGAGGGCAGCAUUGUAUGGAGAUCUCCUCUCUCCCAGGAGAUUUGGUAAUUGUGGAAAAGGAUCACUCAGCUACUACUGAACCUCUUCAUGUGACAAAAACACAGACUUUUAGUGUGGUGCCAAAUCAAGACAAAAAUAAUGAGAUAAUGAAGCUUCUGACAGUUGGAACUUCAGAAAUUUCUCCCAGAGACAUUGACCCACAUGUUGAAGGUCAGAUAGGCCAGGUGGCAGAAAUACAAAAAAAUAAGGUAUCUAAGGAUGAUGACAUCAUGAGUGAAGACUUGCCGGGUCAUCAAGGAGACCUCUCUACUUUUUUGCACCAAGAGGGUAAGAGAGAGAAAAUUACCCCUAGAAAUGGAGAACUAUUUCAUUGUGUUUCAGAGAAUGAACAUGGUGCCCCAACCCGGAAGGAUAUGGUUAGGUCAUCCUUUGUAACUAGACACAGCCGAAUCCCUGUUUUGGCACAAGAGAUCGACUCAACUUUGGAAUCAUCCUCUUCGGUUUCUGCAAAAGAAAAGCUCCUCCAAAAGAAAGCUUAUCAGCCAGACCUAGUCAAGCUUCUGGUGGAAAAAAGACAAUUCAAGUCCUUCCUUGGCGACCUCUCAAGUGCCUCUGAUAAAUUGCUAGAGGAGAAACUAGCUACUGUUCCUGCUACCUUUUGUGAGGAGGAAGUGCUCACUCCCUUUUCAAGACUGACAGUAGAUUCUCACCUGAGUAGGUCAGCUGAAGAUAGCUUUCUGUCACCCAUCAUCUCCCAGUCUAGAAAGAGCAAAAUUCCAAGGCCAGUUUCAUGGGUCAACACAGAUCAAGUCAAUAGCUCAACUUCAUCUCAGUUCUUUCCUCGGCCACCACCAGGAAAGCCACCCACGAGGCCUGGAGUAGAAGCCAGGCUACGCAGAUACAAAGUCCUAGGGAGUAGUAACUCCGACUCAGACCUUUUCUCCCGCCUGGCCCAAAUUCUUCAAAAUGGAUCUCAGAAACCCCGGAGCACUACUCAGUCCAAGAGUCCAGGAUCUCCUCACAAUCCAAAAACACCACCCAAGAGUCCAGUUGUCCCUCGCAGGAGUCCCAGUGCCUCUCCUCGAAGCUCAUCCUUGCCUCGCACGUCUAGUUCCUCACCAUCUAGGGCUGGACGGCCCCACCAUGACCAGAGGAGUUCAUCCCCACAUCUGGGGAGAAGCAAGUCACCUCCCAGCCACUCAGGAUCUUCCUCCUCCAGGAGGUCCUGCCAACAGGAGCAUUGCAAACCCAGCAAGAAUGGCCUGAAAGGAUCCGGCAGCCUUCACCACCACUCAGCCAGCACUAAAACCCCCCCAGGGAAGACUAAGCCAGCCAGUAAACUCAGCAGAUAGGAGCCAGGCGGCAUCUCUUUGAAAGGUGUGAGAUCUUCCUCCUAAACCUGAUGCAUGUGUGUCCCUGUACUGUCUACUUAAAAAAAUCAGUGUUGAUCUUCUCUUGCAAAAGAAAGUAAUAUGAUCAAUUAUUUAUAAGAAGACAUAAAUACAUGAUAAGGAAUUACCUAAGGCAGGCAGCAAGCAGAUUAGGAAUCAAUGUCUUUGUACAAGAAGGAAAAACAGAGCAAAAAUCCAAGGGGGAGAAACUCAUUAAAAUGAGCUCUCAUUUUUUAAGCUGCCUUUGAAACAAAAGAGUUGAGGAUAGGAGAUAGAAUGGAAUUUUAGGGGGGUUGCGUAAUUUUUUUAAGCCUCAACUCAAAGAUUAUAUAGCAAAAGUGAAACUUCUUGUUUGAUAUUUUCAUUCAAAACUUUCCCCCCCUGGAGAGUCAUUGGUCAGAUAUUAGAUUUUGUAAGAAGUCUGUUGCCAGGGAGCCAGUACUCAUGUAUAUUUGGCUUGUGUGUUUAUUUCGUGUAUUGAGAAUGAACACCUUUCCUUUGCCUCAUUCCCAGUACCCUCCCUGGAGUUCAGAUGUUUUUUUUAAAGUUUAGUAUGUCUCAUCUGAUUCAGUCUCUCUGCUUUUAUUUUAUGGUCCUAAUUGUACUAUCAAAUCCAAUUACUUUUUUUCAGGUCCCUGAUUUUGGUUUUUUUUUAGAGUAACAGGUCUUAACCUACUACGUUUUUAUUAUGAAAAAUAAGAAACUUAGGUAAAGGAAAGAAAAGUCUAACUAGAGCUACUUUGCAGGCUUUAGUGUUUAGGGAGAGAAAGUAAGUGUGGGGUAAUAGCCUUCAAGAUAGAAGAUGCCCCUUCCUCCCUGUUAAGUGUCCUCCUUUAGAAACUUGAGAAGGAAACUGGCCAGAGUGAGCUGCUUCCUUGAGUCUUCUGGGCUCCAGCUAUCUGUGGUAUCAGCCUCCAGGACGAUACAAGGGAAGCAAUGCUUUGGAAUGUGACUUGAGAUUUAGAAAUCAAUUAGAUAUAUUACUGAGGCUUAGAAUCCUCAAACUUUGUAUUUUCUACAUUUAGCCAAUAAGGAAUUAAUAUCUGGGGAAAAAUUUAGGCUAAAUAUUUCUUUUUUAAUGUUUUAUUACCUGCUUCUCCUGUGUUUUAGUUCAAUAUUUGGGCUUCUUGGCCUGAUUUUCAUAUAAUCUCAAUUCAUGAAGCUGUAAAGAGAAAGAUACUUGUUCUAAUCUCACUCUUCUAAUAGGAAUCAGGCAAAAAGUCUACCAGACUUUUAAAAUGGGCUCUUUUAUACUCUCUAGGUGUUUUGUGUUGUAAAGACCUUAUUAAGGUCAGGUAGAUUGGUCUGCUUGCUGUUGAAAUUUGCCUUCUAGCAAACAUCUGUGCUUUCUGUUUGACCUUGUGUUUGCUGCCAAACCUAACACAGUUGAAUUGGGAAACAAAAAAAAAGAAAGAAAUACAUUUCCUCCCCAAGUGAACAUCUUCUAAUGCUGCAUCAAAGCUGCCCUGAAGCUGCACUGAACUUCUCUUGUUCUUUGUCUAUGUUGAGCUUUUUAAAAAAACAAACUCAGAACACCAUUGAGGCAUAUAACGUCUCUUAUAAGAAAUGUAGCAUAGUGUGGAAUCUUAAUUUCUCUCCAGUUUCAAACACUACAGAGGAAUGCAAUAGAUAAGACAUAUUUGCUGUUUAUCUAAAGCAACUGUAAUAUUGGAAGUCCAGUCCUUCUGUAUUAUAUUGUAUAAUAGUUGCUGUAACACUACUUGCAUGUCUUCAUGGUAAAUUAUAUAAAUAUUUAUAAAUAUAUAGAGAGACAUAUCCUUAUAUAGACUCA